AUGCUUCUCUCAGUUCUGGCCGCGUUUUGCCUGUGGCUGCGCCUGGCGCUGGGCGUGCGCGGCGCGCCCUGCGAGGCGGUGCGCAUCCCCAUGUGCAGGCACAUGCCCUGGAACCUCACGCGGAUGCCAAACCACCUGCACCACAGCACGCAGGAGAACGCUAUCCUAGCCAUCGAGCAGUACGAAGAGCUGGUGGACGUGAACUGCAGCGCUGUGCUGCGCUUCUUUCUCUGCGCCAUGUACGCACCCAUCUGCACCCUGGAGUUUCUGCAUGAUCCCAUCAAACCGUGCAAGUCGGUGUGCCAACGCGCGCGCGACGACUGCGAGCCCCUCAUGAAGAUGUACAACCACAGCUGGCCCGAAAGCCUGGCCUGCGAUGAACUGCCGGUCUAUGACCGCGGUGUAUGCAUCUCACCAGAGGCCAUCGUCACUGAACUCCCAGAGGAUGUGAAGUGGAUAGACAUCACCUCAGACAUGAUGGUACAAGAAAGGCCUCUUGACAUUGACUGUAAACACCUAAGCCCUGAUAGGUGCAAGUGUAAAAAAGUAAAACCAACUCUGGCCACGUAUCUGAGUAAAAACUACAGCUAUGUUAUUCGUGCCAAAAUAAAAGCCGUACAGAGGAGUGGCUGCAGUGAAGUCACUACAGUGGUGGAUGUGAAAGAGACCUUCAAGUCCUCAUUACCCAUCCCUCGAAAUCAAGUACUGCUCAUUACCAAUUCCUCUUGCCAGUGUCCACACAUUCCACCCCAUCAAGAUGUUCUCAUCAUGUGUUAUGAGUGGCGCUCAAGGAUGAUGCUUCUUGAGAAUUGCUUAGUUGAAAAAUGGAGAGAUCAACUUAGUAAAAGAUCCAUACAGUGGGAAGAAAGGCUGCAGGAACAUCAGAGAGUAAUUCAGGAACAGCGGAGAACAACUCAGGAACAGCGGAGAACAAUUCAGGACAAGAAGCGAACAGCUGGACGCACCAGUCGCAGUAACCCACCAAAACCAAAGGGAAAGACACCUGCUCCCAAAUCAACCAGCACCAAGAAGAACAUUAAUGCCAGGAGUGCCCAAAAGAGGACAAAUGCUAAAAAAGUGUGA